GAGAGAGGAGAGAGAGGGAGAGGGAGAGGGGGAGAUGGGCAAGUACAUUCGCAAGGCGAAGGCGGCCGGCGAGCUCGCCGUCAUGGAGGCCACCCAGUCGUCCCUCGGCGUCCGCACCCGCGCCAAAACCCUAGCCUCCCAGCGACUCCAGAAAUCUCCCCCGGUCUCCGCCGCCGCCGCCGCCGCCGCUCCUCCUCAGCCCGCGGCGCAGGCGCCGGCGGCGGCGGCCAGCUCCGGCUCCGGUUCCUACCUCCAGCUCCGGAGCCGGCGGCUCCCGAAGCCGCCGAUCCUCGUCCGGAGCCACUACGCGAGGCGGCAGAGGAAGGUCGGCGGCUCGGCCAAGGGCCCUAGCCCCGGGUCGAGCCCUAACCCUAGGGCGCGGUCGAGGCUGAGGAUCGGCUCGAUGGAGUCGGUCGGGUCUUUCUUGAGCGACACCGAGGGCGGCGGCAACAGGAAGGCGAGCGGUGGCGGCGGGGAGGAGGGCAAGGAUGGGAUUCCCAGGGAGGAGAACGCGGCGGAGAACGAUAACGAGUGCAGCAGUAAUGCCGAUUUGGGGGUUGGAGAGGCUUCUUUCGGCGACAACGUUUUGGAGUUUGAAGGCAGAGAAAGUGAUCUUUUUUGCAGGAGUACUAGGGAAUCGACACCCUGUAGUUUGAUCAGAGACCCCGAAGUUGUGAGAACGCCUAGUUCUACUACCAGGCCCACCACCUUAACUGAGACUAACCGAAGAAUACAUAAUGUUGACGGCAGACAUAUCCCGACGACACAUGAAAUGAACGAGUUCUUUGCUGGUGCAGAAGAAGAGCAGCAGAGAAAUUUUAUUGAGAAAUACAACUUUGACCCGGUGAGCGACAAACCGCUGCCAGGACGCUUUGAGUGGCAGAAGUUGGAUCCAUAGGAGAUGCUGUGACCCUUCAGUAGUAAUCAUCCUGUGAAUUCUAGGCCAUUGUUUAGCUCUAGGGCUUGAGAAGUAGCGGGGAGUAAGUUUAGUCGGUGAAUGCGGUGGCGUUAUUUCCAUUUUCCAUCGCCCCCUUCUUUUUUACUUUGUAAAGCAAAGAAGUAGGACGCGAAGAUUGUGUAGACUAAUGAUCUGUAACAUAACAGGGGGUUAUGAGUGUGACUCAUAACAAAAGAAAAAACAAAUCCAAAGUCCUUUGGCUAACAGAUCAUCCAUGUGACAGGGGAAGGGGAUGUGGGAAGCUUGUCAGGUGUCAGCUUCAGGGUAAAACUUUUUAGUCAACUAGGUCUAGCUUCUCUCUCUCUGAUGGUACAGAAGUCUCCAAAAUUUGCUCUUCCUUGAUUUCUCUUUUCUUCUUCUCUCUUGUAAUGUAUCUCUCUUUUUCCCCUUUUUUUUCUCUCUUUGUUUGUCCAUACUUGUACUGAUGGAACCCUAAAAGAAGCUCCUUUGGAAUAAAUAUGACCCGUAUUUCCCCCCCUCC